CUCGCGCUCUUUUACCGGGCAAGUUCUUUAUUUGGUAACUGGGUGAUAAUGGACAGCUGUUAAUGCGACAUGGCCGGUCACAGGAUUUACGAAGCUGACCGAUGCAUGGGGCAGCAGCGUGAAGUAAUGUGUACCAAGUCUCGAGUCAAACACCACAUAAGAGGAAUUAGAGCGCUUUUAUUUCACUUUCUUUACACAAACUCCGGAGAAGUUUAGGAGACGAAUUUACCCGUGGAACUUUGUGGAUUUUUAAAGGUUAGGUGUUAAGUUUUUUUGGGCUUCAGUUAUGGCUCUGUCCCAGUUACAGUGCCUGGACGACAACCACGUGAACCCGCGGACGCAUGAGUCCAAACCGGAGUUCUUCUACUGCGAAGACCAGCGGCUCGCGCUGGAGGCUCUCCUCCGGGGUGGUCGCGAGGCUUUCGCCAAGUACCUGGAGGCUCGCGGCCUGCGGGGCUUUCUCUCAGACCCGGAGCAGGACAUUUUGGCCGAUGCAGUGGAGCCCUAUGACCCGGGCUUGGAGCUCUUCCCGGAGGGUGCCGAAGAGAACGACCCACCGCUUUCACUACAGUACUGGCCAGACUUGUCUGACACCUCCAUCCCACAGCUGGACCUGGGGUGGCCGGACAGCGAUGCUUACCGGGGGGUGACACGCGCUACCGUGUACGCGCAGCCACCCAUAGAUGGUCAGGCUCAUAUUAAAGAGGUUGUCAGAAAAAUGAUUGCGCAGGCGCAAAAGGUGAUUGCAGUGGUGAUGGAUGUCUUCACUGAUGUUGACAUCUUUAGAGAUCUUUUAGAUGCUGGUUUCAAGAGGAGGGUUUCUGUCUACAUUCUGUUGGAAGGCACAAUGCUACCUCACUUCCUGGCUAUGUGUCAGAGGGCCAACAUGCACGCCGGACACCUCAAGAACCUUCGUGUACGCUGCACAGAUGGAACAGAGUUCUACACUCGAUCCUGCACUAAAGUCAAAGGGCGAAUGGGACACAGAUUCAUGUUCAUCGACGGAGACAAAGCUGUGUCUGGCUCAUACAGUUACACCUGGAUGUCAUCGCGGUUGGACAGAAAUCUUAUCACUGUGGUUACAGGCCAGGCGGUGGAAACCUUUGACCGACUGUUUUGCUUCCUUUACACAAGCUCCAGCUCUGUUGAUCUCCGGCAGGUUGCCACAGAGUCUGAACCUGAACCAGAGCCUGUCCCUCAGCCAGCCACUGUUGCCCCUCCUUCCGCUGAGAUUGCUCGAAAACUGUACAGUCCCAUGUAUGCCCUUAUUUCUGCAGGCACCUCCAGCUCAACCCCUGCCCCCUCUGCUAGUGACAACAACCCUAAGGAGUCCCAAGAAACCAAGAAGAAGGGACAGAAGAGGGCUCAUAAAGAAGCCAUACAGGAAGCUCCUCCCCUCCAUCCUGGACUUAUCAAUCUUGAGAAGGCAUGUUUGAUCUCAUAUGUGCCAACCUGGCCAGAGCCAGACCCCCCCAGUGAUGUAAUUGGGUUCAUUAACGUUCGGGAUACCAGCAAACCAAUUCAAGUUGGCCUGCAGCGCUCGGAGAUGUUUGAAAAAAGUCAAGCAAUCAGGUUUAGCAGUCCACUCAGUUUGCCCAAGGAAACCCUGCCAGGGGUGGCAAAGCCAAGGCAGUCCACAGGUAGACACGAGGAGAUGAAUAAAUCCCAGCCAACACAUGAAACAAACAAAGUUGAAGAGCCUGUACUAAACAGACCACAGCCAACACGACUCAAUGUAGGACUCAAAAUAGACAUCGAAACUAAACCAGAGGAAUCUAAACAAAAAUCUACUACAUCUGGACCUGUCAAAGGUGAGUCUCUCAACACUGAGACACACAAUCUGCAUGCAAACACACCCACCAACCAAGACGCAGAUCACACACCUCAUAUCAACUCACACACACCUCCUCAAUCCACCAACAAGGGGUCCACUCUAAACACUGAGAGGCCUUCACAAACUGUCACCACAAACAGUCCAGAGCCAGACUCCCUACCUGAUUCAAACACCAACAAAGGAGAAGCACAAACUGAGACUUGUUCAAACACACAAAGUGCUGUUGUAGACAGGACUUACACCCGGGAGUCGGACAGUACACAAACCUCUCAACUUAGUAACCCCACUGACUCAAACUCAAAUGCAGAAGAACAAACACAAACAGAUUCACACACACAAGCUGUUCACAGGCCGCUUCAAAGCUCCUCUGAAAUUGCUCCUAACAGGCAAAAUCCUGCAGCCCAUGGCCAUAUUUUGUCUUCCUCAGUUGCUGCUGCACAUUCUCAGUCUGUCAGUUCCACCUCCGUUUCCGAAAAUAACUGCAUCCCCAUUACUACAGUGCACUCAAGCAUGGAUACCAAUCCCUGCACUCCUUUGCCCUCCAUCAGCUCCACUGCCUCUCUUCCUCCUCUUCUUACCUCUUCCUCUACAACUCUAAUUCCUUCUUCUACAUCUUCUCCAAUCUUAUCCGCUCCCAUCCCUAAACCUCGCACUGUCCAGCUGGUUAUUAAAGAUGGCAGCAAUGGCCUGGACCUGCCAAAGAUCAGUAUUGUUAAGAGACCUCAAAGCCUGGUACCCACGGGGCCGCAAGUCGCCCACAGUGAGUCUGCAGUAGACACUAUGGUGCAGACACUGGCAGAAAAAGAGCCAGAGUCUGUCCCUGAAAUGCUGGGAAAUGGUGGUAGCAAAACAGGAGAACAAAAAGAUAAUGAGAAUGCAGGAAAUCUUGGAGAAACUGAACUACAGAAACAGAGUGAAACUUCUCCGGAGACAAAGUAUAACCCGAGAGAUGCCAGAGACAGACUGCGUGGCCACAACUCAGACAGAAACCAAGGCCACAGCAAAACCGCUGACUGGCUGUGA